CUCAGCCUCAGUGUGUGUUCACCAGCGCUGCUCUCUCUGACGCUCUCUCUCUCUCUCUCUCUCUCUCUCUCCCCAUCUGUGUGCGUGUGUCUACUUCUCUUUCUCAUCUUACUCUUCUCCUCCCUUGCUCCGUGUCCUUCUUGUCCUCCUCCCACGUGCCACCUGGCUCUCCUCUUCCUCCCUCCUUCUUCUCGUUGUGUUCCCGUCUCUCUGCCUGUCCGCUUCCCAUCUCAGAGUUCAGCUCUCCCAGCUCUGCCGCCGGCCGGUCCGACGCACCGACGCGGCCCCGAGUAGAAGCACCUGUGCUGGCUAGGGAGACGGCCCCGGCCCCGGCGCUUCUGGCUCUCUGUGAAACGCCGUGCAAAUCGAGGAGGGAGUGCCUGAUUUCGAGUCUUCUCGCCCGCUCAGGAGGAGAUGGCCAGGAACUAAAUCCCUUUUCCUCCAGCCGUUCCCUGUUGCGUGUUGACUUCUUUUUAUUCUUUUUUUUUUUUUUUUGUCGGCGACACCUGGAAUGCUUCAUGCGGACUGAUGGAUGUUUCCCAACUGUGUAUGCCAGACCCUCUCUGCUACCACAACCAAAUGCUCAGCAGAAUGCCCUCUGAAGACCGUCACCUGACCUCGAGUUGUGGCUCCUACAUCAAGACCGAGCCCUCCAGCCCCUCCUCCUCCCUGGUGGACACCGGCAGCCACCACAGCCCCAGCGCUAACUCGGACGCCAGCGGCGGCUACGUCAACAUCAGCGGCCGCUCGCACGCCCUCGACUCCCCGCCCAUGUUCAACCCGGGCAUGCUGGGAGGAGGAGGAGGAGGAGGGGGAGGAGGUGGAGGAGGAGGAGGAGGAGGAGGGCCGGGGGGGUGUCACCGGCGCUACGACGAGUGCUCGGUCCUGGGGGGUGUCGGCGGCGGCGGCGGCGGCGGCGUCGGCGGCAUGAUGGUGGACGACUCGCCCAUCAAGUGCGAGUACAUGCUGAACGCCAUCCCCAAGCGGCUGUGCCUGGUGUGCGGGGACAUCGCGUCGGGCUACCACUACGGCGUGGCGUCGUGCGAGGCCUGCAAGGCCUUCUUCAAGAGGACCAUCCAAGGCAACAUCGAGUACAGCUGUCCGGCCACCAACGAGUGUGAGAUCACCAAGAGGCGGCGCAAGUCCUGCCAGGCCUGCCGCUUCAUGAAGUGCCUCAAAGUGGGCAUGCUGAAGGAGGGUGUGCGUCUGGACCGGGUGCGAGGCGGACGCCAGAAGUACAAACGGCGGCUGGACGCGGAGAGCGGCGCAUACCUCGGCCUCACCAUCCCCCCGCCCGCCAAGAAACCACUGACGAAGAUCGUGUCCCACCUGCUGGUGGUGGAGCCAGAGAAGAUCUACGCCAUGCCGGACCCCACAAUGCCAGACGGGGACAUCAAGGCGCUGACCACCUUAUGUGACCUGGCCGACCGCGAGCUGGUGGUCAUCAUCGGAUGGGCCAAACACAUCCCAGGUUUCUCCACGCUGUCCUUGGCAGACCAGAUGAGUCUACUGCAGAGCGCGUGGAUGGAGAUCCUGGUGCUGAGCAUCGUGUUCCGCUCGCUGCCCUGCGAGGAGGAGAUGGUGUACGCCGAGGACUACACCGUGGACGAGGACCAGGCCCGGGUCUCCGGCCUGCUGGACCUCCACGUGGCCAUCCUCCCCCUGGUGCGGCGCUUCAAGAAGCUGCGCAUGGAGAAGGAGGAGUUCGUCACGCUCAAGGCCAUCGCCCUCGCCAACUCAGACUCCAUGCACAUAGAGGACAUCGAGGCGGUGCAGAGGCUGCAGGACUCCCUGCACGAGGCACUGCAGGACUACGAGGGCUCCCAGCACGCCGAGGACCCUCGGCGGGCCGGCAAGCUGCUCAUGACCCUGCCCCUGCUGAGGCAGACGGCCUCCAAGGCCGUGCAGCACUUCUACAGCAUCAAGAUGCAGGGCAAGGUGCCCAUGCACAAACUCUUCCUGGAGAUGCUGGAGGCCAAGGCCUGACCGGCCGCUCGGUGUGGGGGCGGGGGGUGACGUGGUCGACGCUGACGACCACCACGACCACCAUGACGACGACGUGAAGGCGUGCGUGCGUGUGUGUGUGUGUGUGUGUGUGUGUGUGUGUGUGAGUGUGUGUGUGUGGGGGGGGGGGAAGAGGGCGCGCAUCACCCAGACGUAGGAGGUAAACACAGGAGGCCCGCUUAAAAAAUAACAAAAAUGGUGGUGUGCCAAAUGAAAAUAAAUGGACAAAGGACGAGACUUGGACUACCGUCACUGGUCAACGAACACAGGGAAGGAAGGACACACCACGGGUGGAUUUUGGCGGGAAUGGUGUAUAUUGAUCCGACUGAUUUCGGGUUAUACAAUAAUGUAUAUAAUGACGCCGUGUACAGAAAAAUAAGCUAUCGCGGUCUUGUUAUAACCAGAGGCCCAGCGCUCUAUAUCAGCCAACGCUUCUGUCAACCCUGCAUUUCUUAACUGACGUUCACCUCGGUGGGGUUUGGAGGAAGGAACGGUGAAGGAGAUGUCAUCCUGUACUACUGUGUGGCUCCGCAGCCAUGUAUGUAUUUUCCUUUUUUCUUCCACAUUUUCUAACCAGUUACUCAAAGCAAUACGUCCCCACUUGUUCUCCAUAUAAUAUGUGUACUGUAUACUGUGUGACAUUGCACUGGGAGGUGGAGGAUUUGUUUGGAAAAGGUUCCACUAUUUAACUCAAAAGGAAAAAACAUGGCCGCCAAAAGUGUGUGAGUGUGUGUGAGUGUGUGUGAGUGUGUGUGAGUGCUUGUGAGCGUGUGCGUGUGUGCGAUUGGCAGAAAUCCCGUAACUUAUUUAACUUGUACCGGUGUCAUCAACUCACCCGUUUUAGAGGACUUGGGAGCUCUUGGUUUGGACGGCGUUGGUCAGUUUGCCGGUGGGUGGCCAUUGCUUACUCAGUGUUUAGACUGGGGAAACUGGUCUUUAGUCCUCGGCAAUAAUGGACAUUGUAUUAGAAGUUCUGUUUUGGUGUUGUAUGUUAGUGAUUAUCUCUUAUGGAAACUAAGAUGCAAGACCCCCUCUCCCCAAAAAAAGUCAAUAAUCCACCAAGCACACACACACACACACACAAACACACACACAUACAACAACACACACACAGAUACACACACAAACGCACACACACGCACACACACACACACAAAACACCAUCCUAUCUCUCUCUAUGUUAUAAAUGUUUAAUAGGUUUAGAGUUUUGUGGUUUGUGUCUGACACAUCGAAGCUUUCGUCCAGGUUACUUUGUCUUUUCUUUCCAGUAUUAUCCUUAGUUUACAUAUAAACUCUACAGUGUGGACAUUUUUAAUAAUAUUAAUAAUAUAAAAGCUAUUUUUGCUCUAAUACAGAAUAAAAAUGUCACUUUGCGUGGACGUGGAGUUUUGUCAAGAUCUGGAAAGGAAAAACAAUCUGGUCGCGUUCUGAUGAUAAAGACAUGGCACUAUAUUUAUUUUUUAUUUAUUUAAAUAAUUUAUUCUGACCGUAUUUCCCAGACUAUACCAGGGUAAAAAAAAUUGCCAAAAAAAUGAUAGCUGAAAGCCAUUAUAUGUGUGUUUACCUGCAGUUCUAAAAGGACUGAGGAAUGGAAUCAGAAUCAAGCUUUUUAGUCGGAGCAUGAGCCUUCUGUCUCAGGCAUCCAUGUUGGGAGUCAUGGCAACGACGAUACAGGGCGUGUCUUCCCCACGAGGGUCAAAGCAUGCUUACGACACAAACCCAAGUCAUUGAUGAAACGUUUUGCCAAGUCUUUCAGUGUUUUCCAUUUCCUCAUGUAACUUUUUUGGGGGGGAUUUGAGAUUAAACUGUAGUCCGUUUUUUUGUAUGAUUUUGAAAUUUGAUUGAAUAGAGACUUCGUUUUAUUCCAUUGUAAUUAAUGGUGCUAAUAAUUCAAAGGGCACUUUAUGGACUUUUCUGGAUUAAACUGGCCAACAGACUCUUCAAACUAUAAAUGUUAUUCAAGAUUUUCAAGUAGAAUGUUAGGACUAAUCGCUAUGCAUUUGUAAAACGAAAUAUACAAAUAAAGCAGUCAAAUGAUUACGAUUAAAUGAAUAAUAUUAUAUAUUCUCCAUAAAUUAAUCAGCUCGUCACAAAGCGAUCGGGAAAAUAUAUAUUCUCUCCUUUAAGCACUUUAAAUUGGUAGUUACUUUUAAAGGCUAAAUGAUCUCCUUUACAUUGCAAAGGCUUUUGCAAACAUAAUAAAAUCAAUGUAAUAUCUCUCAUUUAGAGAUUAAAACCCAUCCCUCCCCAAACGCCACCUCCUUUUAAUAGACCCCCCCAUACGAUCAGACCUGAGCUGAACAUUGUAUUACCAUGCAUAGAUAAUUAUAAUCUACAAUUAAUAUAGUGGAAAAAAACUACAGCUCCCCUGGUGCUCAUCUCCGGGGACACACCAAGCCGUCCAGAAGGUGCGGCAGAGUUGAACCAAAGCAGCUUCAGCUUCAGAGUAUACAGGGUGUCCUUAAAAGCAGUCAACCUAAUUACCCACAUUGUAUUUUUAUUUAAACCUUGCUUGUAUCGUAUCGACUCCACACACUCCGGUUGGAGGGGAAUGCCGGUGAAGGCAAAUUAAUUUAACGCGGAUGGCUGCCCGUUAUGUUUUCUUGAUGUUCAAUCAAUAUUCGCAUUGAUUCGAUCGUCGAGGCCAUCUGCCUCCUUCUUAACUCUAUCUCCGUUAAAAACACACUCACCGUGUUGAGGCCUGGCCUAUAUUCUCCAGGCCAUGCCCUGUGUGGUGUAACUGCCACGACUUGGUUCUGUUUUGCAGCCACACACCACGACACCUCAGUCUGCACUCACGAUGGAGGGCAAAACGCCUUCCAUCCGUUUUUGUUUUUUAAGCUGAGCCGUACGGUCUUGGGGCGUGUCCCCUCACCGUGGUGAUAUUCAACACGCCCGUACUAGGACUGCACUUCCUGUCCGAUCGGUUACACACACUCUGGUUCGCUUUGGUCCUCCCCCCCCCCGACGUCCCCAUCGUGAAGAUUAAUACAGGGAAAAUAAAGGGAAGCCAUUAAUUUAUUUUAAGCGGGCUGAAAACGGUUCUACUACAUCCAAUUAAUUCUAAUUGUCUCUGAUGCUGAAAUUCUCAAUAGAAAUGGAGCAAUUAAAACCCUGCAUUGGCUCCACCUUGGGGAAAAGCAGAGACAUUUUGGUUCAGUUUCACUGCAGGGUGGGUUUGUUUAAAUCCGGGAGAGGGGCGAUUUCCACGGGUGUCUGUGACAGUUUCAUAACACGAUGAUCACUCGGCUAUGCAAGGCAAAUAUGGCCACCUCUGUGUUCGUUUUUCCUGUCUGUUUGACUUGUCUUAUCGACCUUUAGUUGCACUUUGUCUGUCUGUCUGUCUGUCUGUCUGUACCGUGUGGCCAUACACAGCUAACCGCUGCUAAUGUGUUGUGUUUGUCUCACGUACCACGUAGCAUAUGCUGUCGACGAGUAUAAUUGUAAAUACUGGAUUUUUAUUUUGCUUUAUGUGAUUACUUUUCGAUUGAUUUCAUGGGCAUUUAUUAAGUUUUGACUUGUUUACUUUUGCAUUAGCAAAAACUGAAAUAUAGGACCCCCCCCCUCCCUUGAACAGCCCUACACCACAACAUCUUCUUGAUUAAAAAGUAAUUGAACGUGUGACUGACUGAGUCAGUUAUUUUUUACUUUUUAUUGAAUGUGGGUUGUCAUAUUGUUUUAUUUAUUUAUUUUGUUUAUCUGAUACAUAUUUUUGUCUGCUGGAACAUAUGCUAUGUAUUAUCAUCGAUUGACGUGAUGUACAGGAAACCGUAGAAAAAAACUAAAGCAAAAAAAUUAAAAGUGGUGUAGAAAGAACCAAUACCUCAAUUCAUAUUUUGAAAAUUACGCUUGGUCUGAAAGCAGGCUAGGUGGUGGUGCGGGUGGUGAAGAGGGGGGUGGGGUGUUCCCACGGGAACUAGUGGCACAGAAAUAAAGUGACAUCACUGACUGGGUAUUAAAAAAAAAAAAAAAAAGGAAGGAAACUAAAGGGAAAAAAAAAUGUAGAUGAACCUCUCGCAAUUGGCGGACUCAUUCCUCAGAGGGAAGAGCUGCUCAUUCGCUGUUCCAUUUGUGGACUUAUCUCAUCUCGCCGGUCUCUCCGAGAUGACGAGAUUUACAUAAAACACGGCGGAGCCACCUCGGCCACUGUGGUCCGCGGUGUAUAUACUGCGGGUGUAUACUGCGGGUGUAUACUAGGGGUGUAUACUGUAGGAGACACUAUAGGAUGAGCCGGCUCGCGGUACGGCGAGCCACGCAACGUCUGAUUACCCUGGAGAGUUGCUCCGCUCAACAGCAAUACGUUAUCGGUUGUGAUAUAUGAAUCAAGUUAAAAGCAAGCUUUGUUUCAUUUUAAUUAUGAACUUGCCCCCUUUUGCUCGGCGACCGAACGGGCCUGGGUUACUAUGCACACACAUUCACUUACAGUCCGACGCGACGAAUACGACUAAGUCCUAUGUGAAUAGGUUGGAACUGAAAGUAAAAGUGGAAGCGAAGCCAUGACUGGCUUUCCUUGGACAGUGUCAAGUGGCAUCUCCUUGUGUUUUGUUUGUUGUGCUAAUAUGCCUCUGUACUCGUGUAAAUAUAUGCUUUUUUUCUCUGAGUGAGUCAGAUCUAACAGUGAAUGUACAUUGAUAAUAAAAUCACAAGGUUUAU